GGGAAACUUGGCGGAAUAUUCCGCCAACUCUCGACCAUCAUGUCGGUUACUUUGUCGUGUCGGCAAGUUGUGGUCACAAGAAGAGGAAGAACAUUUUGGAAAAUUUGAAAAAAAAAAAAAAAAAAGGAGAGAAGAGCUUGAGAACUAGGAAAGAGUAUUUAUGCAAUAGGAAAAGGGAAGCGCUGUUACAAAGGCGAGGUUUUACGACAUUCACCAGACCCAGAACCAAUUCCAGGAGUUCGUUACCCUUGUGUGUGUUAGCCACAAUGAAGUUUGCCUGGACACGGGAUUCGGAGGAACUGCUCCUGGAGCUGGUACGAGAGCACCGUAGUGUGUGGGAUCCAAAACAUAAGAAUUACCACAAAAGCAAGCUGAGGCAGGAGAUUUUCUCCAAGAUUGCUGAUGCCAUCAGACAACAGUUUCCGGAACUCAAACAGCUUGAAGGAGAACAUGUCCGGCUUAAGUUCAAGAAUAUCAGGACAUACUUUGUGACUAUCUACCGGAAGAUUCAGAAAGCACCAAGUGGCUCCACUGGACAGCCCCCACAGAAAUGGCAUUUAUUCAAGGUAGCCAUGUUCCUGGCUGACAGCAUGGUAGAUACCAGUGGUACACCUUCAAGUGUUGCCAUGUCUGAUACUGAGCAGCUAUCAUCCCACUCAAAGUUGAUGCCAGCAUUGAAUUUACCUGAUGACACCUUGACAGAGGGGGAAAGGGUUCCCCGUCUUGUUUCACCAGAGCCACAGGUUAUCACCUGUGGCUCUUCAGGAGUGUCCAGCCCACUGUCAUCUGGGUGCAGUAGUGGACCAGAUGCUUUGAACAUUCCAUCAGAUGGAUCCAUUCAAGAGUCAUCCCCUGUUGUUAACAAUGCCAAUAAAUGUCCAGUGAAGCGUGUGGUGACAAGGAGAAGGAAGAGACCAUCAAGUGACAAUCCUGAUAUUGACACUUGUGUACUUACCUUAAGAAACUACAUUGACCAAAAAAAGUCUGUGUCUGUGGAGGCUUCAAGUAUGGGAAGGCUUGUAGAAUCUUCUAUUGACAAACUCCCUUAUGCCAAGCAAAUAUGGUUUAUGCAAAAACUGAUACAACUAAUUGCAGAAGCCAAUGACAUACCAACGGCAAAUGUGUAAGAGCUUUGUCCUUGCACACUACUUUUGUACAGCUACCACAAAUAUACUCUAUAUUCACUUAC